AUGGCUACUUCGGUAUCGGCUUCUUAUUCUGCCGGUGAUAUGCCUCAUGAAAAAUGUCGACGAUCAGUCUAUCCUAAUCAAAGUAUUCCUUCAUUACGUCGUGAACGAACAGUUAUAGAUGGAGAAUUUAAUCGAAAUCAACAAUUAAAACCAAUCUAUUCCAAUGAAUUACCAGUCAGAUCUUCAGCAUUUUCUGGUGAAAAACAAUAUGAUCGACGUCAAAUACCAAAAAAAGUUCGUUCAGCAAAAUCAGACGAAAUCUUUCAUUUAAUCAAUCGAAGAUUACAAACAGGUGUUUAUGGUGUACGUCAUAUGUUUCGUUCGAAUGAUCCAAAUCAAGAAGGAAAAUUAUCUAAAGAAGCAUUUCGACGAGUAUUAAUGCAAUUAUGUGGUUACAUAAAUGUUGAAGAAUGGGAAAAAGUAUGUAAAAUGUUUCAUAUCAAUGAACGUGAUGAUACUAUAACAUUUCAAGAAUUUCUUUCUUAUUUUCCGGAUAAUGACAAAGCAAGACGUGAAUUAUCAUUAUCUCAAAUAGAUCGUCAUAGUUCAUCAUUAUUAACUUUAAGUCAAAAUGCAACUUCUUCUCAACAAUCAUAUCAUAAACAUAAUUUACCUAAACUUACUGCUAAUUAUUGUUUUUCAUUAAUGAAAGCAAGAUGUCGUGAUCCAUCAUUUACACCAAAUGAUUAUUUACCAUCUGAUUGUUUAAAUGAUAGUGUUAUUAUACGUGAUCAUUUAAAAAAAAUUUUAGAAAAUUUUCAAUUAGAUGAUAUUAUUCAUAAUGAAAAUGAAUUUGAAAAAUUAUGGUCAAAAUUUGAUCUUAAUAAUUCUGGUAUAGUACGAACAAAUAUAUUUCUUCGUUUAUUAGAUUAUCGUAUUAAUCUUGCUGAUGAAAUUGAUGCUAAUAUUCAAAAAUUAGUAACACGUUCAGGUGCAGCUGGAAUUGUUGAUAGAAGAAUUUCAUCAUCAACAGGUAUAACAAAUGGUUCAUCACCAUCAAGAAAACAAAGACAAUUAUCAACAAAUAAAAAUCGAGAUUAUUAUGAAAAUGAUAUACAAUUUAAACAUACUGCACCACCACCACCAACAGCUUUAGAUGAACCAUUAAAUGAAUCAAUUAGACCUUUAAUUGAACAACAUAUUAAUGAUAAUGAUGGUGAUGAAAAUUCAAAUAAAAUUUCAUCGAGUAUGAAUUUAUCAACAAGAGAAUUAAGUACAAAAUUUCGAACAUUAGUACAACAACAUAGAAAAAUGAUUAAACAAUUAAAUGAAAAUGAUGAAUUUUUACCAUUUCUUGAUCGAAAAGUAAAUGAAGGUUAUUUCUGUUUGAAAACAGUUUUUUCAUAUUUGGAUUCAAAUCAAACAAAUUUUAUAACUAAACAACAACUUAUUGUUGCACUUCAUCAAUUUGAUAUUCCACUUACACUUGAUAAUAUUGAUCAAUUUUUACAAAAACAUCAUUGUAUAACAACAAAAACUAUCAAUAAUGAAACUAUGAUUGAUUAUAAUGGAUUUUUAAAAUAUUUUCAAGAUCGUUCAGAAUCAAGUUUUCUUGCUCAUACUCUUAAUAUAUUUAGUAAAGAAAAAUCAAUUACAACAAAAUCAGAUUUUAAUAAUAUUGAAAAUGGUAUUAUUGAUUUAUUACAUCAUGUUUUUCUUUCUCUAACAGCUGCAUUCAAAUAUAUUUCAAAUGAUAUUGAUGAUUUAUGUCCAGAAAAAGAAUUAUUUAUUAUAUUAAAAAAAGAACUUAAUAUUGCUGAUAAUUAUCGUUUUACUGAAAAACAAAAAUCUGAAGUUUAUAAUUUAUUAAAUUGUACUGAUGCGAUGAAACAAAAACGACAAUUACCAUAUAAACGUUUGUUAUAUUUAUUUAGUAAAACGACAAUACCAAUUAAUAAAGAACGAAAUAUUGAAAAGAAGGAAGAAAAAUGUAUUGAAAAAAAAGAAGAAAAAUUUAUUGAAAAAAAAAAAGAAGAAAAAUCCAUUGAAAAAAAAGAAGAACAAAAAUCAUUAAGAAAAUUAUCUUAUAUUGAAAAAAUUUUAAAUGAUUUAAUUCGUCUUCGUAUGCAUACAUUUACUAAAGUAUUUUCUCGUAUUGAUCAACCACGAACAGAUAAAAUUAAUAAGGAACAAUUUUAUGAAGUUCUUCAACAAAUGAAUACAGAUUUAACACAAUCAGAAGUAAAUAUGAUUUGGUCAUCAAGUGGUUUUCAUAUGGAUAAAAGUGUUCCAUUUGCAAAUUUAAUUCGACAAUUAAUUAUGUUUAAUAGAGAUGAAAAUCAAGCCAUGCUUAAUCAAUUCCAACGUUCUCGAUCAACACAUGAUCAUCAGAUUUCAUCAACAGCAAGAUCAAUAAUAUCAUCAUCAACAAGAGCUAUAUCAUCAUCAGGAGGAAUAAGUGAUAUAUCAAAUAGUGGUCAAUCAAUAGAUUCUCAUGAAAUAUAUAAUCGUAUUCUUCCAUAUAUUCGUCAAAAUUACAAUAAAAUUACAAAUAAAUUACUUGAAAAUGAUCCAACAGCAUGUGGUUUAAUAGAUUUUUCAACAUUACAAAAUAUUUUUCAUCAUUAUUCUGUUCCAAUUAAUGAUAUAGAAUUAGGUACACUUAUUCGUCUUGAUAAUCCACGUAAUGGAUCAAAAAUUCAAUAUCCAUUUUUUAUACGAAAAUAUCAUCCUGAUGGACCUAUUAUAAAAAUUAGUCCAUGGUUACGUAUUCAUCCAAUUUAUGAACAAUUAAUUCAAAAACAACAUGCAAAACAUCCAAUUAAAGAAGUUUAUGAUCAACGAACGCAGAAUCCACGUGAUUUAAAAUAUCUUAUUCGAUUAUUUAAUUCAUAUGAUAAACCACGCAAAGGCUUUUUAACAAAUCAAGAAUUUUAUUCGUUACUGUCUGACAAUGGCAUCAAUUUGAAUAAAUCUGACGAAGAUUACUAUCAACUCUUUUCGAAAUAUGACAAACAAUUACGUGAUCAAUUUAAUUAUACGGAUCUAUUUCGUACGAUGAUUAAUACUGUCAUGUCUUAA